AUGACUUUAUUGAAGUCGAUAACAAGCUUUUUGCGUUCUACGAUAUUGUUUAAUACGAAGCUAAAGUACUUGAAAAACUACCAGAAAAAAUAUAUUCAUAUAGCCUUAAUUGGGGCAGCUAGUAAGACCGGAAAAAAUACAGCAUUGCUUCUGAAGCAAAAUAACCACAUAAGUAAACUCCACUUGUAUGAUGAUAACACCAGUGUCCUAGGUUUGGGCUUGGAACUGUCUCACAUACCUGGAGGACCAAUCGUGACUGCCUUUUGCGAAGACCAAAGUUUGCCUGACGCUAUUCGAAAUGCUCAUCUCGUGUUAAUGGUUUCGAGGAUUCCAAGGAAACUGGGCAACACUCGGGAGCAAAUGUUGGCUACCAACGCUCUUCCGGUACAAAGAUUAUGUAAAGCGGUAUCAAAUAUAAACCCAGAAGCGUUUCUAGCUUUCACAACCAAUCCUAUAAACUCUAUUGUACCGUUUGCGAGUGCACUCUUAUUCAAAUACAAUGCAUGUAGCCCCUGCAAAAUUUUUGGUAUAACCCACAUAGAUACAGCAAGAGCCAGGGCUCUUCUGGCUAAAACUUUAAACGUGAACCCGAGAUCUAUCAACGUGCCUGUUAUAGGUGGUCACUCAGAUGAUACCAUUAUACCGUUAUUUUCAAACAUAUCGCCAAGCCAUUACCGUGUUAAACCUUGUCAAGCGGAUACGUUAACGCGCUUAGUAAAGAAGUGUGGGACAGAAGUGUUGAAUUAUAAACUUGGUAAUGACUCUGCAGUUCUGGUCUUGGCUUGGUCGAUUAACGAAUUCGUUGAGAAAAUAAUCCAAGCACUGUACGGAGGCUGUGUGGUAGUAAACUGCUAUGCUACCAAUCCGCAUUAUGGGACUAGAUUCUUCUCUGGUCCUACGAAAGUAGGGUCACAUGGUAUUAUAGAUACGUGCAUCAAUUUCCAAAUGAGCGACUUUGAGAGUAAACUUCUGGAACGAGCUGUGCCAAUUAUCCAUCGGGACGUCGCUCGAGGUGAAGAGCAUGUUAAUGUCGUUGAAACUGCACCAAAUUUGUAA